AUGUCUCACCAUAAGAAACGUGUUUAUCCACAGGCUCAAUUCCAAUAUGGAGCAGGUGUCCCACCUGCUGGUAUACCUGUUAGUGAUGCAUCCAUAAUACCACCUCAGGUUCAAUCUCCACAAGUAGGUGCCACCGACAACAUGAUCCCUCCUUAUAAUCAAACUCCAACCAUGAACCAAAUGGAACAAGCACCACAAGCGCAAAUGUUCACUCCUGCUCAACAGCAAUUGAACCAACAGAUCAAUUCAGUAACUACUAAUAUGGGAGCCAUGAACAUUGGCACGCCAAUGAUGGAACAAAUGCCACAACAAAUGACCCCACAACCACAAAUGUAUGGGCAAUCUCAAGGUCUAAUGGGUCAUUCUAACAAACCGAUGAACCAAUUGUACCCAGUUGAUCUAUUGACAGAACUGCCUCCUCCAAUCCAUGAUCUGAUGUUGCCACCACCACCAUUGAUGGUUUCUCCAGACAAAAUGUUGGUCCCAUCUGAAACUGCCAAUGCCAGUUCUGACUAUUUGAGAUGUACCCUGAACGCCAUGCCAAAGAACGGUAGUCUUUUGAAAAAAUCUAAGUUACCAUUGGCGUUAGUCAUUAGACCAUAUCAACAUCUACACGAUGAAGUUAACCCACCUCCAUUGAACGAGGAUGGUUUAGUUGUUCGUUGUCGUCGUUGUCGUUCUUACAUGAAUCCUUUUGUGACAUUUAUUGAACAAGGUAGAAGAUGGAGAUGUAACUUCUGUAGAUUGGCUAAUGAUGUUCCAAUGCAAUUGGAUCAAAGCUUUGAAGGUGCUCCAGCCAAUCGUUACGAAAGAAAUGAAAUCAAACACUCCGUCAUGGAAUACUUGGCACCAAAAGAGUACACAGUCAGACAGCCACCACCAUCUACUUACAUUUUUGUUUUGGAUGUUUCUCAAAACGCUGUCAAAAACGGAUUGUUAGCUACAACUGCCAGAUCUAUUCUAGACACCUUGGAGUUUUUGCCAAACCAUGAUAACAGAACCAGAGUAUCCAUUUUGGCGGUUGACAACUCUUUGCAUUAUUUCUCUAUUCCACUAGAUGAAGAGUCCGACCAAAUUAGAAUGAUGGACAUCAGUGACAUUGACGAGCCAUUCUUACCAAAACCUCACUCGAUGAUUGUACCAUUGAAUGAAUGUAGAAACAACUUAGAAAAGUUGUUGACUCAACUUCCAGAGAUUUUCCAAUUCAACAUCAUGAGCAAGUUUGCGUUAGGUCCAGCAUUAAAGGCUGCUCAAAACAUGAUCUCUAAUCUAGGUGGUAAGAUUGUUGUAGUUUCUGCUACUUUGCCAAAUAUCGGUAUUGGUAAACUACAAAGAAGAAAUGAGUCUGGUGUUGCUAACACACCAAAAGAGUCUACACAGUUGCUGUCUUGUCAAGAUGCAUUCUACAAGAACUUUACUAUUACCUGUAGUAAAUCUCAGGUCUCAGUAGACCUAUUCUUGGCCUCUGAAGAUUACAUGGAUGUCGCAUCUCUUUCAAACCUUGGUCGUUUCACCGGUGGUCAAACACAUUUCUACCCAGGUUUUACAGCUGCUAAUAUCGCUGAUGUCACCAAGUUCACAAAGGAGUUCUCCAAGUUCUUGUCUAUGGACUUAUCUACAGAAACUGUCAUGAGAGCUCGUGGCUCCACCGGUAUUAGAAUGAGUGCCUUUUAUGGUCACUUUUUCAACAGAUCUUCUGACUUGUGUGCUUUCUCAACAAUGCCAAGAGAUCAAUCAUACGUAUUUGAAAUGAGCAUUGACGAAAAUAUAGGUACCGAAUACUGUUAUGUUCAAAUUGCGGUGCUGCUGUCCUUGAACACUAGCCAACGUCGUAUCAGAAUUAUUACAGUGGCUAUUCCAACCACUGAAUCUCUCUCAGAAGUAUACGCAUCUGCCGACCAACUCGCAAUCGCUGAUUUCUUCACCAAGAAGGCUGUUGAAAAGGCUAUGAACUCAAGCUUACAAGACGCUAGAGACCUACUAAACAAGUCAUUGCAAGACAUUCUCGCAACAUACAAAAAGGAAAUUGUGGUAUCAAACACUGCUGGUGGUGCUCCACUAAGAUUCUGCGCUAACUUAAGAAUGCUUCCAUUACUGGUCCACGCUUUGUCUAAGCAUACCGCUUUCAGAGCUGGUAUUGUUCCAAGUGAUCAUAGAGCAGCAGCUCUAAACAACUUAGAGUCUAUGCCACUAAAAUACCUAGUCAAGAGUGCUUAUGCUAGAGUUUACUCCCUGCAUGAUAUGGUAGAUGAGGCUGGUUAUCCAGAUGAAAAUGGUGAAAUCGUGCUACCAGAACCUAUUAAUGCAUCUGCCUCAUUAUUUGAGAGAUACGGUCUAUACUUGAUUGACAACUCCUCAGAGUUAUUCCUUUGGGUUGGUGGUGACGCUGUUCCGGAAUUGGUUAAUGAUGUUUUUGGUUUACAAGAUAUCUUCCAAAUUCCAAAUGGUAAACACGAAUUGGCUAUAGUCGAAGGCUCUGAAUUUAACGAGAGGGUCAGAAAUAUCAUCCAAAAGGUAAGGGAGCACGACGAUGUUAUAACUUAUCAGACAUUAUACAUUGUUAGAGGGCCAUCAGUCAGCGAACCAGUUGGCCAUGCUGCUGGACGUGAGUUGCAACCAUUGAGAAUGUGGGCCACCAGUAACUUGGUCGAGGACAAGGUUCUUGGCACUGAAAGUUACCGUGAGUUCUUGCAAACUCUUAAGAAUAAACUAAAUAAAUAA